AGCAAGAACCCUCCCAGCAGUAAGCUCCUCUUCCAUGGAAAUUUCUACCUAUGCCCUACAUAAUAAUAUAUAUAUAAUCCGCCCUAUAAAUGCGCCAAAUCUUCCAAUCUCCAUAAACCCAAUUCAACCCCUUUCAAAUUAAUCCCGUCCGGCAUUCCUUGCUGACCUGCUCUUUCUUUAUUCAAUUUAAUUAUGCCGCGAUUGUUUUCUUCCUUCCUUUCCUCGUUAAUUUGAUUUGCGGAUGUCUUUUGCGGGCGAUUUGUUGCAGAGCAUUUUGUUUUUCGCUUGAAUGUUUUCUGUUGAUGCGAUUUUGUAUUCGCGGAAUUCGUCGAUUGAGUUUGCUUUUGAAUGAAAUGGUUUGAGGGUUUAUUCAGAUUGACGGCUUUUGGAUAAGAAAUUGCAAAUUCUGCGAUGAAAUUAGGGUUGCGAUAGAUCGGUUGCUGCUGAAUUUGGUGGAAAUAUUGUCGAUGUUAGCUGCAAAUCUUCCUAUUUUGAGACUUUGGUUCCGUCUGGAUUGAACAUCUCUGGUUGAAGAUUGAUGAUGGCUGGAUAACAAUCUGCAAAAGAAAAAGGAUAAUGAUAAUAUGGCGUGACUCUGAAAUUAGGGUUCAAAAGGGGCUAAUUGCUGCUUGGAUUUGGGGGAAAUUUUCCUCAUAAAGCUGUGAAUUUCAUUCAGCUUUGAGAAUUAGGGCUACAGUUUGUUGGAAACAAGAAGAUCAUUCGUUAUUUGUUGAUUAAAGCAAUGGUAUCCCAUUCAUGGCGAAAAUUGGUAGCCCCUUGUUGGCGGCCGAAUUCACCCGAAUUCGAAAGGGAAAGUUGCAGCUCAGAAGAAGGGAACGUUGGUGAUGAAGUGGAUGGUUUGUUGUGGUGCAGAGAUUUAGGUCACCAUGUUCAUGGUGAAUUUUCGAUGGCAGUAAUUCAGGCGAACGCUGAAUUAGAGGAUUACAGCCAGCUUGAGUCGGGACCGAUGAGUUUUUCUGAGUCGGGUCCGCAAGGGACAUUCGUUGGAAUCUAUGAUGGGCAUGCUGGUCCGGAGGCUGCCCGCUUUAUCAAUUCGCACCUUUUCGAAAAUAUUAAAAAGUUUACAUCAGCUGAUCAAGAAAUGUCGGCCAAUGUUAUAAAAAGAGCGUAUUUGGCAACUGAAGAGGAGCUUCUUUCACAGGUUCGAAGGCAAUGGGAAAUUAUCCCACGAAUGGCAUCUGUAGGGUCAUGUUGUUUGGUGGGCAUCGUCUGCUGCGGCGUUUUGUACGUGGCAAAUGCAGGAGAUUCCCGAGCAGUGUUGGGCAAACAAGAAAGGGCUGGAAAACAGAUCCUAGCUGUUCAACUAUCGGACGAACACAAUGCAAAUUUGAAAUCUGUUCGGGAGGAGCUGCAAUCUUUGCAUCCGGACGAUCCGCAAAUUGUUGUUUUAAAGCACCAGGUUUGGCGCGUCAAAGGCAUUAUUCAGGUUUCAAGGUCAAUCGGAGACGCGUACUUGAAGAGACCGGAGUUUAAUAAACCACCAUUGUUGCCAAAAUUCCUACUCCCUGAACCUUUUGAAAAACCAAUCCUUUCAGCCGAGCCUUCUAUAGUUGUACAACAGCUUCAACCCGAGGAUUCAUUUGUUGUAUUUGCUUCGGAUGGGCUGUGGGAGCACCUCAGCAACCAGGAGGUGGUUGAGCUUGUCCACAGCUCUUCUUCCCGCAAUGGCAUUGCAAGAAAGCUCGUGAAAGCAGCGCUGAAGGAAGCGGCAAAGAAACGGGAGGUGAGAUAUUCAGACCUAGUGAAGAUCGACCGAGGUGUCAGAAGACAUUUCCAUGAUGACAUAUCGGUGAUUGUGCUUUUUCUCGACUCCCAUUUAAUUAGUCAUAGUUCGUCCAGCUCUGUUUCGGUUAAAGCCGGGGAAAGCUCCCGGGCUGACUGGUGAUUUAAUACCAGAGAUUCUCGUCGAAUCGUGUUGUAUCGAAUUUAUGUGUUUCUUUAUUUCUUUUGUUUGUGGGAUUGAUCAUCAAGAGAAAGUGUAGAGGUGAGUUUUAUGAGGAAAAUCCCAAAUGUGGUUGAUGAUUAUGCUGGGGAGAGUGUUUUUGUAUGAAGUUUGUGGUUAAAGUAACUAACUAACUAACUGGCAUAUGAAACAGGGGAAUUUACACUCUUCUUUUCUUUUGACUAUGGCUAAGAUUGAAUUAUGACUAUUUUUGCAUUAGUAUGAUCUUGUG